AUGCGUGUAUCCUUCUCUCCCUACAUAACAAUCAUUAACCAUCCACUAUAUCCUGCUCACUCAACACCCAUGGACAUACCACUUGACAAACUACAAAGCGACGUCAUCAGCAACGAACUCAUCAUGAGCUUCCUAAUCCACGAGGAAAUGAAGACUGACUACCAGAAGGAGACAAGGGAACUCAAUAAGGCACUCAGGCAUUGCUUUUAUGUUAGAAACAGAAACGUUCCCCUAACUCCAGAGGCGAUGGACUCACUAGAGUUCUCUAUCCAGGAGCACAUGGCGAAGUUCAAGGUUGAGUUUGAGGCCAACGAUGAGAAAAUCCACAUCACGAUUGGACGAAGAUCUCUUGGGUCUCAUUCGUCUUCAUCAGGAACUUCGAGAUGCUUUACACAUAACAAAGAUUUCAACCUUCUUCCGCCUUGA